CUCACUGAUUGAAGUUAGAUGAAAAUUGGACUGGAAUUCACUGCUGCUCACAGCAGCCAUGGCAGUUCCCGAGGCUGAACAUCCCAGGGUGUUUGUACACCCUGGACAUGUGGAAUGUAGAACUUUGCAAAGGUAACUCGUCUUCCAAGUGGGAUAGUAAACAGGAACCUUGUGAUAAAUGGGUACAUUUUGGGUAAGUCAAUCCGUUGCUGAUUAGGCUCAGGUGACCUGUUGCUGUAUCCACAUUGGUACUUUAAAUUGCCUUAUAAAAGCCCCACCCAGCUGGUUUUCUGUUUGUAACUCCGUUCGACUAGAUAACCUUGCACUUAGAUGCGCAAAGGGAAAACAGAACUAACAGCAAUAUGAGAAUACUAUAAAAUUGUCUUGCUUACUAGAUUGUCUCAUUAGUUGUCAUCUCUGCCCCUGAGGCUUCCUGAGUACUCCAUUACAGCAUAAGGCAAAAGGUGUGCUGGUGACUCAGGUAAGCAUGCUGUGCUUUGGACUGCAGUUUCCACGUCACUAACUAAAUUCAUCAUGCCAUCUGUUUGGCCCACCAGUCAUGCCAUGAUGUGUUGCUGUCCUUAUAGCAUUUGUGGAGGGAGCUCAGGGUUUUUGCCACAUCAUGGGCCAGAGAAACCUCCAGGUCUGCAAUGGCUGGAGAAGUUUCUGGCCCACUUAAAAGAGGAUGUUUGGACCCUGGCUGAGUAAUGGAGCGUGCUGACUGCUGAGAGGACCAUAUCUACAUGCAGAUAUAUCUAGGGAUGCUUUUUACAUGGAGUAAAUCCAGGAUAGGUAGGAAUCUGGUCUGCAAUCAAUAAUGAGAUAAAGAAGGAGAAUGAGAAUCUCAUGAGACCUGUAACUGAGCAGAUGAUUGAGUUCAGCAUUGUGAUCACUGGAGAAAAGUACAGCGAGGAGCUGAGUGACCCAGACACUGUGAAGCAUCAGCUGCUCUCCGAACAAUUUGUUUCUCAGAUCCAAAAGGUAUUUGAAGGACUACCUGGAUACAAAAACAUCCAUGUCCUGGAAUUCAGCUCUCCUGAGGAGGACAGUGGGGUGGAAGUGCACUAUGCUGUUACUUUUGAUGGAGAAGCCAUCAGCAAUGCCACCUGGGACCUGAUUAACCUUCAUUCCAACAAGGUGGAGGACAAUUCCUUUAUGGACAUAGAGGAUAAUCCAACAGUUGUUUACACCAUCAGCGAUUUCCAAGAUUAUAUUGCUGAAAUUCUCCAGAAAAAUGCCUUGCUUGAAAACACUUCCUUGAUUUUAGACCCAAACUCUCUCCAACUUAUUAAUGUGAAAGAAAUACUGCACCCUACCCGAGAAGAUCCAUCCUGGAUUAGUGAGCAUCCAGUUGUGUUGGAGCGUGCGGAGUUUGAUGAUAACACCUUUUUAGCUGAACGGCCUUCAGCAGAUGAAUCAACUGUCAGCAAUACCUUACCCUUUGAUUCCACCAAACCAGAUUCCACUUCAGAUAGUCAAGAGUCCAAUGACAAUGAAAUCUACCAAAGACCAGAAAAUCAGGAUUCUGAGGUCAGUUGGACACCUGAAGCUCCACUUUCCUCAGAAGUUGAUGUCACUUCUUCGCCUGAUGGGCUGAAUUUAGAAGAUGGGAAUCACACUCCUCCUUUGGUCACUGCACCAGUGUUAGAGCGUGGUUCUGUGGACUCCUUGGAAUGGCCUUCAGUCCCUGAUUCUUCAGAUGGGUUUGAAGAUACUGGACUAUCUGAAGACUUGAUUCUGCCUUCGAGUCCCCCUUCUCACCUUGUGCCUGAAGAACCUCCAUCUACAGAUGAUUACAUAGUUCCCCUGUUUUCUGCAUCAACAGUGGCCUCCUCGUCAGUCAUGGAGACUGAUACUAAAGCAACAGCCUCUGCUGAGAUGGAAGAAGUAACUCAGGCUAGUCCUGCAGACAGUAGCAAUGCAGACUCUGUGUUGCAUGAUUCUGUGGAAGAAAAUCCUUUUCCCUUAGAAUCACACCCUUUGGAAGCUGAAACUGAUAUUUAUCUCGGAGAUAGAAUUACAUAUGAUGAUGGCUCUGGUUCAGCUUUUGAUGGUUCAGGAAAAGAAAUGGAAUCAAAUAUUUGGCCUUGGGAAGAGGCAACGCUGGAACCUGUUUUCUACCCUGGUCCUGAUAGCUGGCUUGAUGAUGAUAAUGAGUCUUUGUUAAUCAGAACUGAAGAUAUUCCUGAAGGCCUGAUAUUAGAUUAUAUUCUUAACUCUCAGAAUAAAUUAGAUGAUGAUCCUUCCAAAGAUGAAAAUGAAGGUAUGGCUGAUAUGGAAGAAAAUUUCCUUGAUGAGUCUGAAAUAUUUGUCUUUCCUGAGACUACAACUCAGCAGGUAUCUCUGCUUCAGACAGAGGAGCCAUUACCUGUGGAGCCAUCUACACAGACAGAAGCAUCGAGCACGUAUGAUUCUUCUUUUGUUAAACCAGACUUCGUUUUGGAGCCAUCAGAGGACUAUUCCUCUGUAGACAUGCCAACCGGAGAAACCCCUGUCUCAACACACAAUACAGAUCUUUCUGUUGAAGAUGAUAGUCUCCUUACAUCUGCAGUAACCCUCAGUACGGACAAUAGUCCUACAUCUGCUGUAACCCUCGGUAUGGACAAUAGUCUUACCUCUACAGUAACCCUUGGUAUGGACAAUAGUCUUAUAUCUACAGUAACCCUCGGUAUGGACAAUAGUCUUAUGUCUACAGUAACCCUCAGGACAGAAAAUAGUCUUAAGUCUACAGUAACCUUCAGUACAGACAAUAGUCUUACGUCUACCAUAACCCUCAGUGUGGAGCAACCUGAAGAGUCCAGUGUAGGUCAGGAGAUCGUUUCUGUGGCAGUUGAGCACCAGAAUGAAGACAGGCCAACGUCAGAAGAACUGUUCACAGCAGGGCAGUCAGAUGUGGCUGAAGCUGCUACAAUAGGCUACUUGGACACAAGCAGUUCAGAAAUUAUUCUGACUGCAGAUCCUUUCGUGGUAAACACUGAUACUUCCACAGAAGAGCAGCAAGCCCUGGAUACAUCUUUGGCAGGCCAAAAUACUGGCUCGGCAAUAAAGAAACCAGCUGAUGUUUGGCCUACUGACAGAGUGCUAGAAGAUAUAUUAGAUCAGACAGUAAAAUCAGCAACACCAACUGCAGUUGAAGCUGCAACUACGGUUCCUUCUGUAACAGAGCAGGACACUGUUCUAGAGGGUGUCGCUGGACAGGGUGAUACAGACCACAGCACGCUUGUUUCCACGAGCAUCAGCACUGUUAGGAACUCUUACGUAACCGUCAGUGUAACAGCAAAUGUCGCCAAGCUUCCAUCCGAUCUCCCUCCGAUGCGAUCCACAGCAUCACCAUCAGUGGUUACCUCAGCAAAGGUGGGAGAUGAAACACCGAGGGUCCUGGAUGUGUCAGUGGGGCUGGAUCACGUGAGUGUUGUCAGCUUUUCUCCUGUGCCGAGUGAGGAGGGAAGGAGCCUGACUGACAGUCACGUGGAGCUGACCACCCGUGCCCAAUCCACAGAGAUGGCCAGCGUGGCGUGGGCCACGCGUGAGAACCACAACAGCACCCCUAUCCCAUCACGAGCUCUGGUCGUGUUUUUCAGUCUUCGGGUUACAAACAUGAUGUUUUCAGAGGACCUGUUCAACAAAAAUUCCCCUGAAUAUAAAGCAUUAGAGCAACGAUUCUUGGAACUGCUGGUGCCAUACCUUCAGUCAAACCUAACGGGCUUCCAGAAUCUGGAAAUCCUGAACUUCAGAAAUGGCAGCAUUGUGGUGAACAGUAGAAUGAAAUUUGCCAAACCCGUGCCUCGGAAUGUCACCAAUGCUGUGUACAUGAUCCUGGAAGACUUCUGCAACACUGCGUAUCACACCAUGAACCUGGCCAUCGAUAAAUAUUCCCUGGAUGUGGAAUCAGGUGAGCAAGCAGAUCCCUGCAAGUUCCAGGCCUGCAAUGAGUUCUCCGAGUGCUUGGUGAAUCGCUGGAGCGGGGAGGCUGAGUGUGUCUGCAAUCCCGGCUACCUGAGCAUCGAUGGGCUGCCGUGCAACAGCAUUUGUGAUCUGCAGCCAAACUUCUGCCUGAACGAUGGCAAGUGCGACAUCAGCCCCGGGCAAGGCGCCAUAUGCAGGUGUCGUGUAGGAGAGAACUGGUGGUACAGAGGGGAGCACUGUGAGGAAUAUGUGUCUGAGCCGCUGGUCGUGGGUAUUGCCAUUGCUUCUGUGGCAGGGUUCCUUCUUGUGGCAUCUGCUGUCAUCUUCUUCUUGGCCAGGACCCUUCGAGACCAAUACACGAAGAGCGACACCGAGGACUCUCAGGGGCAGGGUGACAGCCUCUCGUCCAUUGAGAAUGCCGUUAAGUACAACCCUAUGUAUGAAAGUGAUACAACUGGCUACAGCCACUACUACCGCAGAUACCCUCAGCUAACAUCCUACAGUUCGACCAGCGCAGAGACAUCCACCGACUACAGCAGUGAAGAGAUAAGGCACAUUUAUGAAAACAGUGAGCUUACUAAGGAGGAAAUUCAGGACAGAAUUCGAAUUAUAGAGCUCUACGCUAAAGACCGUCAGUUUGCAGAGUUUGUUAGGCAGCAUCAAAUGAAGCUGCUUUAAGAAAAAAAAAGGAAUCAGUAGAAAGCAUGUGGGAGAUAAAGACUACCUUGUUGCCAUAGCAAUGGGCUCAGAUGUAACUGCAAAGUUACUUAUAGUCUUAACAUUGCAUGGAUGGAUACAGAUGUUUUCUAAAUGAAUGGCUGAAAUGUACAGAUGUGUGUUUAUCUCCAUUACCUCUGGCUUUUCUGCGUAAAGUGACAUUUUAAAGAGGUGAUCCGAAGUGGCAGAGGUUAUAAAAGUUCAUUUUUCAUUAACUCUGAAAUGGACAGUGAGUUUGUAUACCAAUGCAAAAAAAAAAAAAAAAAGAUCAGAAAAGAGAA